GCCGCGUACCUGCGUGCAGCUUGCGCAGGCGUUAAGGGUGCCACGACCUCGCUAUGGCCGCGGCAGGAUUUCGGGGGAAGGCGAGCGUGUUUGCCUCACCUGCAUUGCGUGGCGGGGGGGACGGGGCGGCUUUGUGUGGAGACCGGUAAGGGGCAUUAGGGAAGUGUUUGGAGCAAAGGGUAACCGAGAAACCUUGUGACUCGCUGAGUGGCCCGAGGCGGUCGGCUGCCCCUCUGCCCAACGAGGGCUCUUCCACCCAGACGUUACCACCGAGCACCUGCCGUACGUGUUGCAACCCUCAUACCACCUCUCCAGAAAUAACCAUAACCUUUCUGCCUACUGAGGCCGUUUACUGAGGGCCCGCUGAAGCGCUCUGCAUAGCUUCAGUUCUUACAACAGUUCUUUAAGGACAAUGCUUGACACAUGGUAGGCUCUCAAUAUUUAUUGGAUGUAUGCAUGAAUGAAUUAACCUACACUGUUCCAAAAGGUGAGGAUCACAAGCUACUGCGUGGAGGAGGUGGAGUUUCUGGACCAGCAGAGCUGAGGGUACCCAAACUUGUACUGAGGCAACUCUACUGAGGUCAGCCCCAUGGCUAUUCCACAUGGUUCAAAUGAAACUUCCUAUUUGCUACCUCCAAACAGUGAGGACUGGGGAGGGCACGGCAUUCCUGACUUUGUCUAUGGGCAGAAGGAACUCGUGCCAGAAGGGAUUCAGUGGCCAAGGAGCGGACCCAGCCUUCUGGACACACUGCCACUGUCUCGCUUUGACUCUGCCCUCUGCUUGGCCUGGAGGCAGCGGAUGGAGCUGGGGCUGUUCCGCUACUGUCUGGGGGAGCUGCAGACCCAAACGCUUCCUGGUGCCGUGGGUUUUGUUGCUCAGCUGAAUGUGGAGCGAGGUGUGCAAAGAAGGAGCCCCCAGAACAUCAGGAGCGUGAGGCAGGCGUUUGACCCUGAACAGUUUAACUUCAACCAGAUCCGGCCAGGAGAAGUCCUCUUCCGCUUGCACCGGGAGGCCGAUCUCCCCAGUGCUCUCCAGCAAGACGACAUCCUCGUGGUGAUCAAUGUCAGCCCCUUGGAGUGGGGCCACGUGCUGCUGGUGCCCGAGCCCACCCGAGGGCUCCCCCAGCGCCUGCUGCCAGGGGCACUGCAGGCCGGGGUUGAAGCUGUGCUGCUGAGCUCACACCCAGGCUUCCGAGUCGGCUUCAACAGCCUGGGUGGCCUGGCCUCAGUGAACCACCUCCACCUGCAUGGCUAUUACUUGGCCCACAGACUGCCCGUGGAGGGGGCCCCAAGCAAACCCCUGGAUCCUGAGGGCCGUCUGCAUCUGCUCCAGGACCUCCCAGCUCCUGGCUUCCUCUUUUACACAAGCGGGCCAGGGCCCGACUUGGAAGCCUUGAUAAGCAGAGUAUGUCGGGCCACUGACUAUCUGGCUGACCACGAGAUUGCACAUAACUUGUUUGUGACCCGGGGGGCUCCACCUGGAAAGACAUCAUCUUCCUCAGCCCUCACGGGGGUCCGAGUAAUUCUUUGGGCCCGGAAGUCCAGCUUUGGGAUAAAGGAAGGCGAGGCCUUCAAUGUUGCCCUCUGUGAGCUGGCCGGGCACCUCCCUGUCAAAACGUCCCAGGACUUCAGCAGCCUGACAGAGGCGGCGGCUCUGGCCGUCAUCCGAGACUGUCUGCUGCCCCCAGCCCAGGCGGGAGAGGUGCAGGCAGCACUGGUGGCCUUGAUAGCCAAGGAGGAGCAGUAAUCCUUCCAGAAGUAUUUAUUUUGUAACCGAUCUAAGUCUCUUUCCGGGAAGCUGUCCAUCAUGAUCAUGUGGGCACUUCAUGAAUGCCUUCUCACCUGUCUCAGCCCAAGGGGAGGGAUAAAGAACUGAAUCUAAGAGGAUGGAGCCAAGUACCUGUAAGACCAGCGAAUCAGAGGAAAACUAUGGUGAAGAAGAGGAAUCCGAGGAGUGUGUUAAAGGAGAAGCUACCAUCCCUUCUAACCCUUCUCAGCAGGCACUCUCGAAGGCUGACUAAUGCAUUUAGGAAUGGAGUUCCUUUAUCCAUUGUAGCCAAGAAAAUACCAAAGAAAAUCAUAACCCCAGCUGACCCAGAUGAAUUAGAAGUUGGGAGGAGAAAGAGAAGGUGGAAACACAGGUAACCGUUCCCUGGACCCCCUCACUUGCCCAGCUCCAGAGAGUAACCCUCUGCCCUUCAGCAGUCGGGCUGGGAUCCAAAGUCUUCCCUUUAGCCUAGGAAAGAGAACAGGAAAUACAGGAGGUCAUUAGCCUUUUUGUACAACAAAAACAAAAUUCAGAAUCACUUCGGCUGGCUUAGUUUAGAAUUUCAGCACGUUUAUAUCAUCCUGGUCUUUCCUUUAAGUGGCUUCUAAAGAAAAUGAAUUGCACUGUUAAUCUGUUGGGUGUCUCUUCUUCUGGGUGCCUGGCAGCCCAGGGCCCUUCUCUCCUUCUGCCUGAUUUCUGCUAUUCCUCCAUUCCAGACCCCUGGCCAUCAAUCUGACCAACUGCAAGUAUGAGAGUGGUAAGCACCCAGCUCGUCACUCACACCACUGGGCAUGAGAGGACAUUUAGGGCUGCGGCUUUCACUCUGGAGGUGGUCCCCUCAAUCUGCUCCCAGCCCCUGGAUCUUGUUAGGCUGGCCUAUAACCUGUACUGAGCCUCCUGGCUCAGCUACCAGUAGCUGACACAUCACUGUUCCAGUUAGUCUCAGCAGUAGAGUAGGAAUCUCCAGUUAGCUAACAAGAGAAAAAAUGACAAAAAUCACCAUCCCUCCCCCCCACCCUGCCCCAGAUUUUACCAGAGAUGAGAUGAGACCAGGUUAAAACUGUUUUUUCAAGGUAACUUUUGAGGUGGCUUCAGCAAUUAAGAAAAAAGAAAAAUCACCAGCUACGUUAGUCAUUUCUUCCUCCCCUCAUCCCCACUGGCAUCUACGGGUGCCCCAAAGUGUGAGGCGCCAGUGUGACCCCUUCCGAGGGUCAGCUCUGCAGGCCAGAAACCAUCCUAAUUGAGAGGACUGACAGGAACAGAGAUCCAGUCUAUAGUUUUCUGUCAAAUUUUGGAAGGACCCUGACAGCCUCAUGAACUUGGAAUUGUCGCAAUGGUAACUAAACUGAGGUAAGCAGAGCUGAGGUAGGAACUACCUCCUUCUUCAUUCCCACUCUCUGGUCAGGUCUGUUCCUUACCCAACCCAGCUGCAGUCCCAAGGUUUGCUGCCAGUGCCCAGGCUGGCUCCACUGACCUCCCUCUCUCCACAGUGCGUCGGGCAGCCCAAAUGUGUGGCCUGAAGGAGGUGGGGGAGGACAAAGAGUGGACUGUGUACUGGACAGACUGCUCUGUCUCACUGGAACGCAUCAUGGACAUGAAGAGGUUUCAGGCACAACCUCCAGACCCAAGAUCCUAAAGGAACUAUGCCCCAGAAUGACUACUCCUACCCUUGCACCCAGGCACCCGAGGCUGCCACUCUUGGUGGCUAUACCCCUAUGCAGAGCAGGAAAGGCCAUGGCCAGGGGCUUCUGCACCAAUGGAAAUAUUCUCCUCUUGGGUCUCUGGAGCUUCUGUUAUCUGAAGGAAGUGUCUGCUGGCCACAUCCUAUCUCAAUAUAUGCUGCUUGCCUGGAAGCAAGCUCAGCUGGUCCCUCCAGGGCAGGUGAGCCUAUCUUAGGGGGAAGACUGGGAGCUUCAGAGUUAACAGUAGAGCCAGCUGAACGAUCCAGCCUUCUAAGCAGCUUAGCCUAGCACUCCACAUCCAUUAAGAGUCAGUGUGGGGUCCUGCAUGGCAGCAAGAAAGUCAGGAAAGAUAGACCAGGGUCCACAAGAAGAUAUUAUUUCUUUUUCUUUUCUAAAUUAAUUUAUUAAUUUAUUUUUGGCUGCACUGGGUCUCUGUUUCUUUGCCCCUUGGAGGGAGGGGGGCUGGGGGGACUACUUUACAUUGCGGUUGCGUGGGCUUCUCAUUGCGGUGGCUUCUCUUGCAGCAGAGCAUGGGCUCUAGAGCGCAGGCUCAGUAGUUGUGGCGCACGGGCUUAGUUGCUCCGCCACAUGUGGGAUCUUCCCCGACCAGGGCUUGAACCCGUGUCCCCUGCACUGGCAGGCGGAUUCUUAACCACUGCGCCACCAGGGAAGCCCCAGAUAUUACUUCUUCAUGGUAUUUUUGUUAUCCUCUAAUUGGGUCUUUGUGGCGGUUAGCAAACAAAAGUGUCUGUAGGCUUAUUUUGAGAGAAGGCAAGCAGGGAGCUGAGACUAUCACCUAUCCCAUGAAUUAUGGGAGAAGAGAGAGAGCAGGAGUGAGAGCGAGAGUGAGAGACUGCUAGAAGCGCUCAAAAAGCCCCUAAGAAGGGGCAUGCAGAGAGCAGUUGUGAGAUGAGGGUAACGAUAACAGCAUUUACUGAGGUCGGACACUGUUAAGUGCUUUUACAUUCUCACCUCAUUAAAUCCUCAAAAAGAUACCCUUAUGUGUUUUUUUGUUUUGUUUUGUUUUCUUGGCUUCGGCCACAGCUUGUGGGAUCUUAGUUGCCCGACCAGGGAUCGAACCCGUGCCCCCUGCAGUGAAAGCACCAAGUCCUAACCACUGGACCGCCAGGCAAUUCCCAAAAGAUACCCUUAUAUUAAGGACACUGAGGCUCAGAAAUACUCAGUUCACACAGCUCAUGGGGGGGGAAAAGCAGAGAGCACUGAACCUUCCAGCACUGAGGGCCAGAGCAGCGGGGCGGGGGCUUCCAGCAGGCCACCCUGGCAAUGCCUUGCCCUCUGAGAGUGCCACUGCCGUGCAUUCCCUGGGGCUGCUCCUUAGUUUCCUUUCUCUUUGGGGAAAUGUUUUCUCAUUUGCUUUGUGUUAUCCCGCACCAGUUAUUCCUAUAGGGCUAGUCCCCGGUAGUCUGAGGGAUGUUAUAAGGUGGCUAGAAGGCCCAAAGUCCUGGCUAGCCCUUCUCACCGACCCUCAUUUGCUAACCUUGCUGUGUAUGUGUGUUUUGGGGAGAGGCCAAGCAGCAGUUUCCCACCUGCCUUAGGGAGCCUUCCUUUUCUCCCUUGGGGACUAGGUGCAGUGUUUACCUCCACUGUGACUUCUCCCUUGACCUCCCCAGUCCUUUUCCACUGCUAUCUGGAAUGUUCAGGCCCCAGGAACUGCCCCUUACUCUGGGCGAUAGUAUAACCAACUGGCUCUGUUUCAGAAAGUCAACCACUUCCCUGGCAUGACAGAAAUCUGCCACAAAGAUCUGCUGGCUCAGAACCUCAGCCGCAUGCAGAAGCUCUAUCCUACUGAGUGUAACAUCUUCCCGUGCAUCUGGUGCCUCCCUGCAGAGUGAGUGAGCCUGGCUCCCCAGGUUGAGAUUCUGGGGGAGGAAAGGGUUCGCCAUCUCAGUUCCCACCAGACUCUGGCUCUGGGACCUAGAAUGUCUCAGGGGGAUGGAAGUAAAAGGGAAGUUUUAGCUGAAAAGAGAAGGUUAGGGCUUCCCUGGUGGCGCAGUGGUUGAGAGUCCGCCUACCGAUGCAGGGGACACGGGUUCGUGCCCCGGUCCGGGAAGAUCCCACAUGCCGCAGAGCAGCUGGGCCCGUGAGCCAUGGCCGCUGAGCCUGCGCGUCUGGAGCCUGUGCGUCCAGAGCCUGUGCUCCGCAAAGGGAGAGGCCACAACAGUGAGAGGCCCGCGUACCGCAAAAAAAAUAAAAACAGUAACUACCGUAUAUGGUUACUGUGAAAAAAAAAUUUUUUUUGGUUACUGUGAAAAUUAAAUGAGUUAUUAUGUAUUGAAGUGCUUACAACAGUUUAUGGUACAUAGUAAGUACUUCAAAAGUACAGUCGGCCCUCCCUCCAUAUCUGCAGAUGUGGAACCCGUGGAUAUGGAGGGCUGACACUAUUUUAUACAAUGGACUUGAGCAUCUGUGGAGUUUGGUAUCCAUGGGGGGUGGGGGUCCUGGAUCCAAUCUCCUGCAGAUACUGAGUGAACACUGUAUUAUUACUUUUCCCUGGUGGGUUUGCAUGCUCUCAGCCCUUCCUCAUUGAUGGCUUCAAGUUUGACAUGCGAAUGUAUGUCCUGAUCACAUCCUGUGAGCCUCUUCGGAUCUCCAUGUAUGAGGAGGGCCUGGCCGCCUUUACCACCAUGCCCUACGUGGAGCCCAGCCACAGCAACCUGAUAAGAGGCCAGCUGGGGAACUUACCUGGCAGUCCAGUGUUUAAGACUUCGCCUUCCAAUGCAGGGGGUAUGGAUUCGAUCCCUGGUCGGGGAGCUAAGAUCCCACAUGCCUCCUGGCCAGAAAACCAAAAUAUAAAACAGAAGCAAUAUUGUAACAAAUUCAAUAGAGACUUUAAAAGAUGGUCCACAUAAAAAAAAAAUUCUUUAGAAAAAAAAAAAUCCUUAAAAAAAAAAAAGGCCAGCCAGCAGGGCAGCACCCUCUUCUCUUCCACUGCCACGAAUGCUGAGGUUCUGUGGAGAAACCAGGUAGAGGGGCUUGUCACACAGCUAGCUUGUCACACAUGAACAAGGAGUGAAGCCUGGAGCGCCUUGGCACUUGGCUGGAAGGACAGCAUUUAGGGGGUGCUGACUGCAGAAAAGCCAUGCCUGCAGGAAGGGCACACUCCUUCCCCAGGAGCUUACAGAACAGUCCUCUAUGAAGAGGGACAAGAGAUGAGCCAUCCAGCGGUGGGGUAGGUAAUCAGAAGGCAACGAAUGGCUGGAGAGAAGAACUGCAUGGAAGUAGCCUGACCACAGGGCCAUUCUUUUCCCAGGAUGACAUCUGCAUGCACCUGACCAACUAUGCCGUCAACAGACACAAUGAGAAUUUUGUCCGGGAUGAUGCUGUGGGCAGUAAGAGCUACCGAACCUGUUUUCCCCAGUAUCUGAGUGGAGGUACAUGUGCCUGUUUUGAGAUCCUUGGUUUUGACAUCUUGCUGGACCACAAGCAGAAGCCCUGGCUGCUGGAGGUAAACCACUCUCCAAGCUUCACCACCGACUCACAACUUGAUCGAGAAGUGAAGGAUGCACUUCUCUGUGAUACCAUGACCCUUGUCAACCUCCAGGGCUGUGACAAAAGAAAGGUGACAGAAGAGGAUAAGUGGCGAGUCAAGGAGCGGCUUUUCCAGUGCCACCAACAGCCAAGAGAAGCCAGGGGCCUCAGGUGUUUGACGUGUGUUUAGUUGUGUAGCUUACCUUAUUACUUUCCUGAGAGUAAAAGUCCUUCUCUAGAUGGAGAAGGCAGUCUGGGGUUGAUUAGCUAUUAAAAACAUUUUUUUUUGCAUCGAUAAUACACCACAUAUCAUAGAUAAGUGAUGCAUUAUCUAUGCAAAUUCCAAAGACACAGUGAAUAGUCUCUCUCCUACCCUCCUCCUCCAGCUACUCAGUUUUCCUCCCUGGAGCCAAUCAAUGUUCCCUGGGUCAUGUGUAUACUUUCACAAACAUUUAAUGCACAUAUAUACAUGUAUUUAUAUAAAUUGUUUUCUCCCUUUACCCAGACAAUAGCAUAACUUUCACACUGUCUGUAUCCUACUUACCAAUGCAUUUUACAGCUAUUUAUGCAUUUUAUAGCUAUUUCCUAUUAGCAUGUAAGGAACUUUAUGGGGUUUGUUCUUUUUUUUUUUUUUAUUUUCAACAAAGCUCCUCUAGAAACCAUUACCUAAGAAGGCUUAUAAUUAUGAAACAGAGAAAACAGUUUAGUCAUUCAAUAAUAGGUUAUUGUUUAAAUCAGUAUUGUUUACCCACUGUUGUUUUAAUUGUAAGAUGGGUUACAAACAUGGUAAUGUGUUGCUGAUACUCAAUUAUAAUUUGUUAAUAAUAAAAAUGACUUGAGUAGAGUGA